AUGUCUCUUGCAGCGCCCGGCGGCGUUCCACUCAAGGCCGAAGAUGCUGACARCUACGAGGAAAUCGAGAAGCAGUUCGCCGUGAAGGUCGUCGAGCACAUGGAAACAUACUGGUCGAUUCUCGAAAAGCUUCCCGGCUCCAAGCUGCGCCUGACCAAAUUCGACGACGAGAUCCUCGAGCACUUCAACAGGGAGUUCCCAGACUUUGACCUCAAGGGGACGAUCGAUGAGGAUGAGAUGAAGAGCAAGGCCGGCAAGGAGAAGUGGAGGAACUUCAUCAACGUCUACGAGAACAAGGUGGACGACUACAACUUUGGCACCAUGUUGCGCGAAAGCGCAGCUUCAGAGUAUGGGCAGACUGGAACCAUCUUUGCUGUGCGUAUGCAGUUCUAUGCAGUCGAGAUUGCACGGAAUCGUGCCGGUUUGAACGAUUGGAUUUACGAGAAGGCAAAUGCUGAGAAAGCUGAGAAAUCUUCAUAA